CCCAGCCGCAAACCCUAUUCCGGCUCCGAUCUGUCAGCCACCCAGGAUUUGGUCCGUGGGCCCCUAAUUUUGCCGAGUUUGAUUCCAUUGAAGUUACAAAACUUUAGAACAAACAUGUUGGGCGCUAUUAAAUUUCUCAUCGAUACUCCACCUUCUGCGUCAAAUCUGGUCUCUACAGUACUUGAGCAACACACUGCAGCACAGGAUCAAGCAUCCAAGGAGGAAUCAAGCGUUGACUCACAAGUUGGAGAUGAAGUGGACACCGGGCCUGAAGCAACAAACAAAGAUGACGGGAGGUCCAACGUUGUGGAAAAAAAUGAAGGUCCUCUUGCAGAAGAUGUUGCUAAUGUUGAUAAGUCAGAUUCUACUUUUCAGGAAUUUUAUACUUCAGCCGGAGUGGUCAUUGCAAAGUAUGAUGUUCCAAAAAGUGUUGACAGAGUGGCAGAUGCAGAUGAUAAGCAAGCAUGCUCCCCUAUUUUGAUUGAUACCAUCAAGUUAUUUGAGCUUGCCGAUGUUGUCACGUAUGAGCACUGGGGUUCAAAGAAAAUAGUUCAAUGCAAGUUUGGUCUUCUCUCUUAUUUCUACCGGUAUACUUCAUCUGAGAAGCUUCUUGAAGAUUGGUCUACAACUGGACAUCUUGUCUAGUUCAGCACGUUCUCACAUGUCCAAAAGCUUGAGUGGAAACCUCCACCUUGAGGACAAGGUGGUUUUUAAGGGGGUGGGAAUGAUAUGUAUGGU